AUGCAGAUUGACAACCUGGAGAAUUUGAGCAGGCUGCUGGACGACGCGCCCACACUGAUGCCCGCACUUAUGGCCAACGUCGAUCGCCUCGAACUGCUGUCCAUCGAGGACUUGUUCUUCUUUGUCGACAAUGGCUGCACCAAGGACAAUGGCGGCAUUACUCACUUGCAUCUGGCAAAGAUGCAAGUGGACUUUGAGGGCGAUCUCUACGAGCUGGCAUUGCUCCAGCGUCUCGGCGAGUGGAAUCGGAGUCAGAACGACUCGCGCCUCACACAUCUGCAUCUGGGCGUUGGAUCGCUCGACAGCUCACUCAGUCCCGAGACCGACUAUGUGCACAUAUUCGACACGGUGUUCACGCCCUCGCUCAGCAGUCUGACGUCGCUCACGCUGCAGGACGAGGGCAACCAGGCUGAACUGUCGUGCUACUCAUUCGAGAGUGCCGAGCACUUCUUUGGCGCGCUACAUGCACUCACCAGUCUCACCAAGCUGACGCUCAAGCUGCAGCGCGGUCAGUGUGGGCUCGACCUUGGAUACCUGCUGCGCACGUCAAACUAUCUAUUUAUGGACCGCAUGCUGGCAUAUCUCAAGAAGCAUGGCAAGCUGGAGCAACUGGACAUCAACCUCUGCUUCAGCAUUGACGAGCGAUCGAUGCCACUGUUUGAGUAUCUGUUCCAGGACGGCUCGUGCACGGUCCAGCAUCUCGCGCUCUGUCUCUCAAACAUCAUCCCCAUCCGACGCGACAUCCACUCACUCAAGCUUGGAACAGUCAAGCUCAGCCCACUCAGCUGUCUGGUCACCAAUGACGAGACGAUCGUGUCAUCCUUUGAUCACGUCACACAUCUCUCGUUCAAUGGCACGUGUGGCCUGCUCACGUCCGUCAUUCGCAAGUGUCCCAACAUGCGCAGUCUCCAAUUUGCCAUGCCACGAUCCGUCUCCAACGAAUGCUUCAACGCAUUCCUCGAUAGUCUGUUGCACAAUCGUACGCUUCAGCAUCUGUACAUAGCCAUUCACUCGAUCAUUGAUCACCGUUACGACAUCCUGGACAAGGUGAUCCAGUACCAUCCGUCCAUCAAGAACAAAUCGUCGUGGUCCAAUCUUGCCCUGCCAGGUCUUUGGAGUACCACUGCAGCCGCGCACAACAAUGGCAGCAACCUCAACAGCUAG